AUGGAUGCUGCCACUCUACAUCACUCCGCGACGAGGUUGCUCGACCGGCUCACCGAGCAGCUGGACGGUCCCCACGGGCUGGGCUUCAUGAGCCCAGCAGUCUACGACACUGCGUGGGUCUCGAUGAUUCAGAAAUCGACGGACGGCCAGAGCAUCUGGCUCUUUCCCGAGUGCUUCGAAUAUAUCCUCCAACAUCAGCUUCCGGAUGGGAGCUGGAUCACCUAUGCGUCACAGAUUGAUGGAAUACUCAACACCGCCGCUUCCUUACUUGCUCUCCAGAGACACUCUCGCACUCCCCUCCAAAUUCAGACCAUAUCGGGGGAAGUUUUGUUGGAUCGUGUGAAUCAAGCCACGCGCGCUUUGCAGCAAUUGCUGAACGAGUGGGAUGUCGAAUCGACUCUCCAUGUCGGGUUUGAAAUUCUCGUUCCCGCGCUGCUGGGCUAUCUCGCCGAGGAAGGCAUCACCUUUGAGUUUCCGGGGCGUGAGAUGCUUCUUCGGAUUCGAGAACAGAAGAUGGCCCGGUUCAAGGCCGAGUAUCUUUAUGCACCCAUUCAGACCACGGCGCUGCACUCCCUGGAGGCGUUUAUCGGACUGAUCGACUUUGACCGCGUGCUGCAUCACAAAAUCGACGGGUCCUUCAUGGCCUCACCAUCAUCCACGGCAGCAGUCCUGAUGCAUGCCUCAACAUGGGAUGACGAGUGUGAAGUAUACAUUCGCCAUGUCAUUCAGCAGGCAAGUGGCGCGGGGAGUGGAGGCGUGCCCAGUGCAUUCCCAUCGACGAUUUUCGAGAUCACUUGGACAUUUUCCACCCUUCUCAAGGCCGACUUUGACCUGUCCACCAUCUCCCCGGGGGCAGUUCAAAAAGCCCGUGAUUACCUUUCAAACAUGCUCAGCCUGAGCAAGGGGACUGUCGGCUUUGUGCCCGGGGUCUGUCCCGAUGCCGACGACACGGCCAAGGCGCUCCUCGUGCUCAAUCUACUAGAGCACAAGACGUCGCCAGAUGCAAUGCUUGCCUCCUUUGAGACAGAAAGCCACUUCAAGACCUACCCGCUAGAGCGUGAUCCCAGCUUCUCCGCAAACUGCAACGUCCUCCUGGCAUUACUCCACGUCGAGGACCCAUCUCCGUUUACGCUGCAGAUCGACAAGGCUGCGAGAUUCUUGCACAAGCACUUCCGAGAGUCACCGAGUCUCAACGUCCAGGACAAAUGGAACCUAUCUCCCCUAUACUCGUGGAUGCUCAUGUCACAAGCAAUUGCUCGUGUCCACACUCUGUGCGAACAAGACAAACUGCCCCUGCUGAAGAGUUUUCUCCACGAAGAGCUGCUGGGGUUGCUGGCCGAGAUGGCCCGUUUGGUGAUCCGUCAGCAGAAUGAGACGGGAUCUUGGGGGAGUCGGAACUCCAAAGAAGAAACGGCCUAUGCAGUCCUCAUGCUGACGUAUGCUCAGCAAUGCAAGACCGACGAGGUUUCACCUGGAGAUGUGAGAAUCGCAGUCCGACGUGGCUGUGAGUUCCUCCACUCAGAUCUCACCACAGGGGCAUCGGAACAUCUGUGGGUGGAGAAAGUGACCUACGAGUCGAAGAUUCUCUCGGAAGCCUAUGUUUUGGCUGCUUUACAUAAUGCACUCAAUGUGUGUGCAGACGAGCAAAGCGCACCCCAAUCAACCGUGGUGAAUGGAGAGAUUCACGGAGAGGUUGAUGCAGUGGCUGACACCAAUGAUGUGCACGUGGACGAUUGUAACCAGUCAGCCGCUAUCAUCAAUGGCAGCGAGACCAGCGAGCUUGACUCGGGAUAUGUCACCUCGGUCGAAGCGUCAGAAACCAGCGCAAGCGGCAUGGGAGCCGACCCUGCGCAGGACCAUGACUCUUGUGGACAGAGUGACAAGUCUUCCUCAACGAUUGCCAGCUGUGGUGGCUCGAGUCUUCGCCAAAGGGGACCGUGGACGGAAGAGCACGAGCAGAUUCUUCUGGGCCCAUUCGACUAUCUCGAGAGUCUACCAGGGAAAAACAUGCGCUCCAAAUUCCUCCAGGCCUUCAACGUCUGGCUGCAAGCACCACCAGAUCACCUGGAAGUUGUGGAAAAAGUCAUUUCCAUGCUGCACACGGCGUCUCUUCUCGUCGACGAUAUCGAGGACAGCUCCGUCCUCCGACGAGGUCAACCCGUGGCACACAGUAUCUACGGUGUGGCGCAGACCUUCAACUCGGGCAACUACGUCUACUUCCUGGCCCUUCGGGAGAUCUACAAAUUGAACGAUCCGCGAGCGAUUGAGAUCUUUGUCGAGGCCCUGAUCCAGCUACACCGUGGCCAGGGCAUGGACGUUUUCUGGCGCGAGUCACUCAUCUGUCCGACCGAGCAAGAAUAUCUCGACAUGGUCGCCAACAAGACGGGAGCUCUAUUCUGUCUCGCCGUCGAUCUGCUCCAGCUCGGGAGUCCGGUCAAAGCCGACUUCACCCCGUUGAUCCAACAGUUCGGGAUGAUCUUCCAGAUUUGCGACGACUAUCUCAACCUCAAGUCGACCAGCUACUUGCAGAAAAAGGGACUCUGUGAGGAUCUCACCGAGGGCAAAUUCUCGUUCCCCAUCAUUCAUAGCAUACGGGCAAACCCAAGUAAUCGCCAGCUUAUCAAUGUCUUGAAGCAAAAGCCUCAGGAUGAAGAGCUCAAGCGGUUUGCUGUCGCGUACAUGGAGUCGACCAAUACCUUUGAAUACAUCCGGGGUUUCGUCGCCACGCUCAAGGCGGAGGCUUCGGAGAUGAUAGUCUCGUUGGAGAAGCAGGGAUUAGGUGAGAAUCUGGCCGUACGAAAGAUAUUGGCACGGAUGUCUUUGGACGAGGAGUGA